AACAUCCCGGAUGUCGCGGCAGAUCAUCUCGCCUCUCUCUCGGUUAGAAGGCGCUUCGGUGAAGUUUGGAGUUGUACAACAUCUCGUGAGUUUGAGGUGGGCGCUCCUCUGUGGAGGCCAUGAACGCGAGGACACGUCUCCAGAGAUGAAGUCGACGCGGCUUCUCAUCUCCGUUACUCGGACAGACGUUUCCUCCCCAGACUAGAGUCGAGAUCAAGUCGCCGCUGGAGCUCUCGCCUAACACGGCAGCGAGGAUGGACAGCGACAGGACCUAAGUAGACAGCAUGUCUGCUGGUGAGUUCAUCGAGCUGCGUGACCUGAGCGCAGGUGUGGAUCGGAUCGAGCUGACCCGCUCACGUUCGCCGUGUUCGCCUCCACGUCUGGAGAGAGCCAACGCUGUGAGGAUCAGCGCGGGAAAAGUUCCCGACCUGCUCAGCCGUGUGGGCAUCAUCAGAGUGCUGAGCAGCGACCAGGACCCCCAGCCCCCUGAGGAGAGCGGGGAGGGGCACAACUUCCAGCCCUGCAGCAACGCUCAGCCCACAUGGUGUGACCUGUGCGGGGACUUCAUCUGGGGCCUGUACAAGCAGAGCCUGCGCUGUGUCAACUGCAAAUUCACGUGCCACUACCGCUGCCGAGCUCUGAUCAAACUCGACUGCAGCUGGGAUCAAGGAUCCUCGGUGGAUCAGACGUGUUUUGUGGAGUUCUCCAUAGAAACAGACACAAAUGUGGAUGAGAAGCAGGAGGCUGGUGGAAAGCAGGAGUUAACAUCUGCAGAUAUCCAGAAGAAGGUGAAGGAAUACAAUGCUCAGAUCAACAGCAAUCUGUUCAUGAAUGUGAACAAGGAUGGCUCCUACACCGGCUUCAUUAAAGUGCAGUUCAAGCUGGCCCGACCCGUGUCGGUCAAUCCGCCCAAGAAAGGAGGAGCCGGACGCGACGGGGGAGCCAAAAAAGCCAAUGGCGUCAAACGGCGUACCUCAUUCUACAUGCCGAAGGACGCGUCCAAGCACCUGCACAUCAGCUCUCGUACUUCUGCGCGUGAGGUCAUCGAGGCUCUUCUGAAGAAGUUCACUGUGGUGGACAAUCCUGCCAAGUUCGCUCUGUUCGAGCGCAGCGAGCGUCACGACCAAGUUUACCUUCGGAAGCUGUCAGACACUGACCACCCCCUGCCCCUGCGUCUGUCUGCUGGACCCAAUGAGAAGGCCCUCAGCUUCGUUCUGAAGGAGAAUGAAACCGGAGAAGUCAAUUGGCACGCCUUUUCCAUGCCAGAGCUGAAGAACUUCCUCCGUAUCCUGCAGCGCGAAGAAGAGGAGCACAUCAAGCAGCUGGUGCAGCGCUACGCUCUGGCUCGCACCAAGAUGCAGGAGGCCCUGAGGGGCUCCACUCCAGGUUGAGACCACACCAUGCUGGGGGUUAAAUGUGCACCGAAUGGCUGGACUGUCAUCAGAUGGAGAUGAUGCCCAGUUACUGCUGCAUCCAAGGAACCCAGAAGAUGAAAAAAAGAACCCUACCCAAAAAGCCUCUUCAGUGAGGAGAGAGCGUGAGGGGGCACCUGGAGAUACAAGAGCGCGAAUGUGCGUGUGAGAUGAUGCGAAAGAUGAGAAGUGCCUUACACCUGGAGAGUCUGAGAGUCUGUGAGGAGAGAGAGAGAAGUGAGCAAUGGCAGAUGAGACUGUGGUCGAUGUUCCUUUAUCUAUGCACUUCAACUGGUUCACUUUAUGCCUCUGUCAGUAUGGAAUCUGGCAGUUAUGCAGGAUUGAAAAGCCAUCUGUUAUUAUUUAAUAGCUCCUCUUUAGCACACAGUUGAAUGAUAAAAUGGAAGGCUGCUGUUACACCUUAAUAUGACUUAACAAAUGCAAGGUGUUCACAUAAUUUGUUGUUGACAUUACAGUCAGAGAUACUAAGAAGGAAUUUGCCAACAUUUACUGCUGUGGUGAACCUAUUUUUUUAUUGAUCUGACAAACAUUCCAACCAAAUACAUGAGGUUUAUAUGCAUUUAUUAAUCCCAAAGAACAUUCUCUGAUAAAUCCCUGCUGCAAUUUAACUUUCCAGGUACUGUCCUGCUUUAAAGUGAAGUUUUUGUUGAAGGAAUUGUGAUUUUCAUUUGACCCUUUAUGGAGCCUGCCACGACCUCUUGACACUGUUGAAGCGUGUUUGUCUCUCCACCGUCAAUUUGUGAGUGUGGCUGUUGUAUGGACAAAUGUGUGCAUUAAUGAAUGCCAGAGUCGCUCAAAUUGACUGGAGUUUGUGGAUGAAACUUUACAACAUCACUGGAAGCUGUCAUUCCUAAACUUGCCACUUUUGUUUGUGUUCCACUUUCCUCUACGGAUAUGUUUUCUUGUUCUGUCUCUGUCUUUCUUUCCAAUAA